AUGGAGGCAAAUACAGCAUCAGAACAAGAUUACAUGUUGGUUGACGCUGAUCCGCAUUUAUCUAAAAGUGUUCAAACAGAAAAAUGGAAGGAUCCGGUGAAUUUGGAUGAACUCGAUCGUGUUCCCGUUGAUUUUUCCGAUCCAAACGGACCCGCACUGGUGACAGAUACCGACGAAAUUGGGUCAGUGAUAGCACAGUAG